AGACACCACCUAUUGCUUGAAAUGUGAAGAUGGCAGUGCCAGUAACAAUACAGGUGGGAGGUGUCAAACGUUUUGCUGAAGCUUUUGGAAAGGAAGCGAUGACAAGAUGUUCUUUUGCUUUUACAAGAACACACAUACACAAUAGAACAUAUUCGUCGACAAGUACCAUUCCUAGUUAUGAUAUUGUAAUUGUUGGUGGAGGUGUUGUUGGUUUGGGAACAGCCAGGCAGUUAGCUCUGAACCAUCCCCAGUUAAAGCUAGCAGUGGUGGAAAAAGAAAAUAUUUUAGCUGCACACCAAAGUGGUAAGAACAGUGGUGUGAUUCAUGCUGGCAUCUACUACACCCCUGGUUCAUUGAAGGCAAAAUUGUGUGUGGAUGGUCUAAACCUUACUUACAAAUACUGUGAUGAAAACAAUAUACCAUACAAGAAGUGUGGAAAACUUAUUGUUGCCACUACUCCUGAAGAAGUAUCACGGCUGGACAACCUAUAUGACAGAGGCCAAAAGAACAAUGUCAAGGAUCUUAAAAUUGUGGGCCCUGAAGAAAUUAGAGAGAUAGAGCCAAAUUGUCGGGGUCUGCGGGCCUUACAUUCCCCUCACACUGGAAUUGUUGACUGGGGACUUGUGACCAGAUCUUAUGGAAAAACAUUUGAAAAUUUGGGAGGUCAAAUAUACACAAAUUUUGAAGUGAAAGAAUUUACAGCUACAAAGGAAGAUGGGGAUGGCAUUCAAUAUCCUGUUACAAUACUUGGCAAAGAAAAGAGUACACCAUUGCAGUCCAAGUUUGUUAUUGUGUGUGGUGGGCUGUACUCAGAUCGACUGGCCAAAAUGUCUGGCUGUAACCCUGAACCUAAGAUUGUACCAUUCCGAGGGGACUACCUUCUGCUCAAACCAGAGAAAAGGGACCUUGUCAGAGGCAACAUUUAUCCUGUUCCAAACCCACUCUUCCCUUUCCUGGGUGUUCAUUUUACACCAAGAAUAGAUGGAGAUGUGUGGCUGGGUCCAAAUGCAGUGCUUGCAUUUAAAAGAGAGGGCUACAAGCUGCUUGAUUUUAAUUUCAAGGAUUUUGUGGAUGCUGCCAGCUACAGAGGACUCAGAAAGCUUGCCAUGAAACACUUAGCUUAUGGUAUUGGAGAGAUGUACCGUGGUUUUAAUAUUAGAGCAACUGUUAAACAGUUGCAAAAGUUUGUGCCUUCAAUUACUAUCAAAGAUGUCACCAGAGGUCCAUCAGGAGUCCGAGCCCAGGCUUUGGACAGGGAUGGUCAGCUAGUGGAUGAUUUUGUGUUUGACAGUGGUGAGGGUGAACUGGCCAGUAGAAUGCUCCAUGUGAGGAAUGCCCCAUCUCCGGCAGCCACAUCAUCUCUGGCCAUUGCCAAAAUGGUGGCUGAUAAGGCUAAGGAGAACUUUGAGCUGUGAUUGUGAUAUCGGUCCUUGACUAAGACCCCAUUCCCAGAGAUUAGAUCGAUCCAAACUAGAUCGACCUAACUCCCUGGGGGUUCACGCUAAAUA